GUGACGCUGUCUGUGAACGCCCCUCCCUUUGGCAGGCUGCUGCUGUUGUUCCCACUCACAGUUUAAGUCGCCCGGGUUGUUUUGCACUCGUCUGCCCUGUCUGCCCUGCGUUCACAGUGGAGGCAGACAGCUGAUGAUGAGCCUCUGGGGUAUAUUUAAAGCCCUGGGAAAGCGGAAGCCUGGCCUGCUGUGUGUUAUCAGCUGAGAGCUAGCACGGCACUCAUAGCAUAUCUGCGGCUAACCAGCUAACGUUAGCCAAUGCUGUGAAUUCACACAUCGCUUCGGCUAAAAAUGAAAAGAGAAGAAAACAGGAGGUUAUUGGGGCGGUAAUGCCCGCUGCUGUGACACAUCUGGCACAUCUGUGAGAAGAAGACACGGGACUUUACAUUUGACCAACCUGUGGACAGCAGAGUUUGUGCUUCCUGCUCUCCUAAUCAACCUUUGACUCUGUCGCUUUACGCCCUCGCCUCCACCUCUACGGCCAGGGUCUGGCCACUGUAACCAUGACAACGGGGGGCUGUUGCCACCUGCCUGGCUCUCUGUGUGACUGUGCGAGCAGCACUGGCCUGUGGAAGAGUGUGGAGGAAGCAGGUGGUGACGGGUGUCCAGCACUCUACGUCACCCAGGUCACAGCCAUAGAUGGACGAUUGCUCUCCUCUGUGCUCAAACCCAUGAGCGCACAAAGCGAUGGUCCCAUCUGCCGUAUUUGCCAUGAAGGAGGCAACAGCGAGGGGCUCCUGUCUCCAUGUGACUGCACAGGCACUCUGGGCACAGUGCACAAAAGCUGCUUGGAGAAGUGGCUGUCGUCUUCCAACACCAGCUACUGCGAGCUCUGCCACACAGAGUUCAGCAUCGAGCGCCGACCGAGGCCUCUCACAGAGGUAACAAAGUGGCUGCGGGACCCUGGCCCUCGCAAUGAGAAGAGGACGCUGUUCUGCGACAUGGUGUGCUUCCUGUUUAUCACACCCCUAGCGGCCAUUUCAGGCUGGCUGUGCUUGAGGGGUGCUCAGGACCAUCUUCAGCUGGGGAGCUGGCUGCAGGCUGUAGGCCUCAUAGCCCUCACCAUCGCCCUCUUCACCAUCUAUGUCCUGUGGACCCUGGUAUCUUUCCGCUACCACUGUCAGCUGUACUCUGAGUGGAGAAGAACAAAUCAGAAAGUACGUCUGCUCAUUCCUGAAGCCAAGGAGUCUAACUCUUCCCAGCAUUCCUUGCUCUCUAACAAACUGAUGAAGAAGUCUGCCAAUGAGAGUAUAGUAUGAGACCAAACGGAGAUGGUCGGUGAAAAUGGUGUCUUUUAUGUGCGGGGGCUAAUUGUCGGCGCGUCAAAGCCCACCAGCUGGCAUUUAAAAAACACUUGUGGGCUUUUUUUGGUUGCUUUAAAAAAAAAAAAAAAAUGUUUUCUUUGUCUCAUCAGUACUUAAUUCACAUCACUUCAAAAAAAGUCCUCCUGUGGGUGCAGAAAAGAGCACAUUUAAAUGGAGUCUAUCCGUCCUCACGCUGGGUGUUGACCAAGCUUAUGCAAAGGCACUAAAGAAUGGAACAGCGCACGGAGAUGUGUAGAGAUAUUUACAGAGACAUGGGAACAGCUAUCAUCGUGGAUGCAGUGAAAUUAUUAGAUAACAGCGACAUCAGAAUAAGAAAUGACCAAACUAACCUGUUUAUUGGACUGUGCAAUGUUCUGAUGAAUGUUCUGCUUAGUUUCAACAAUCCAUCGAUGGUCCACAGAUGACAGUCGAGUGUAGGAGGUCCGUUCAUUGUUGUGCAUGAUGAAAGGGUGUAAACUACUAGAUACAUGUCGUAUCUGGGCUCUUGGCUACAUUGACCUCUGCACAACAUUGCCCACUGAGGAGCUCUUUGGAGCAGUUAUUGUGUGGCCUCCUGUUAAUCUGUAAACAAUUUAUUUACAUUUCUCAGUGCAGAUGCCAGUAUGCCGUCUGGGAUGCAACUUUCAUUUGAGCACAAACCUAUUGGACUUUUCUCAAGGGUUUUUUUCUGCAUCUGUUUUAACAUUUCAUCCAAGAAUGGAUGGCAGCAUAGCAUUCGUAAAGCCAGAGAUUGUGCAAUAAAACACUGUGGACAUAAAGGUCUUCACAGUACAUGAAGAGACCUCUACCAACAUGCACAGUUAUGCACGCAAGCACUGUUAAUCAUUUUUAGGAAUUUUUACUUUUUUUGUGUGUGUAAGUGUAUUGUCAAAAUUAUUUCGUGGUUUAAAAAAACUGAACCGAUUGACUAUUCCUACUGAAGUAGGGUUUGACAGUGUCCUCACAGAGGUUCUUGUAGUAGCAGCACUUAGAAAGUAGGUCUUGUACAGAUCGAUAGAAAACUCCCAUCAAAAUGGGUUUUAGAGGAACAUUGCAAGUAUUGUUGGGUGGCUGACGCUGUACUACAGCCUCCUUCUAAUUGCCUGUUAAAGUACUUAAUUAUAGGUAUUUUGCAUUUUGUUUGUUUUUUAAGGAAUACACACUGCUGCGUGUGUGUAGUUCCCAGAGUCACACCAAUGAUCAGGGAUACUUCCUGCAAGCAUUUAUCAUUCAAGUCAUGGCCAAACAUUGGUUUCUGUGAUCAGAUUUAAAAAAAAAACUCUCAGUGCUGGUGUUUAUUGCUUCUGUCAGUCUAACAUAAACCUUACCCGCCAACAGUGACUUUGGUGGCGGGUACAUUAUGCAAGCACCACUAGGGCUUAAUCUGACUUUAGCUUUGUUUUGUCUUUUCUUUCAAGGGAGCCACUAGAGAUCACACGCUCACACGCUUUUUCUAAGUCCAUUUGAUGGAUGUCAAUUUUUUUUUGGGCUGCAAAUUUGGCCUCAUUAUGUUGUGAUGUUACUGACCACACUCAUUUGGGACUGGCUGUGUUGGUUGUUUGGAAGGGUAGAGAGAAUUUACUCGUCACUCUUGUAUAUAGUUUGGUGCAGUUUACACUUACAGUCACUUAUAGUGGCUGUUAAUCAACCAGUCAGAAAACACAAACCAGCGUCGGCCUGGUUUCCAGAUUUCCAGCUCAUAACAUGGUCCUGUUUUGAACAUUAUUAUUAUUACUAUUAUUAUUAUUAUUAUAACCUCAUUCCACUCAAUUUAGGUUAUGGGUAGACGGUUAAUUGCCACUUGAACUCACUGUGGCCCGUUCACAGGGAGAUAAGCCAGAAGCCAACAACACAUUUACAUUUUACACAGUAUUGAGAACAACUUUAUUGUAACGUAAUGUAAUCCAGCCUAUGUUAACCUUUGGUUCAGUAUUAUUGUGCAGAUUUUACAGGUUUUAAGUGUUUCAUUUAUAACACUUUUUUUUAUAUAAUUCUGAGGGGUGAUGAAAAUAAUACAUUAGCUGUACUACACAGGUAGCAGUGAAAGCAUUGAGGCACCAUUAAAACUAGUCUAAAGCUAGACUGGUUGAUUGAUUAUUAAUCAUUUUAUGACUAAACUUUAGUUCCAAGAUGAUAAUUAUUAUCUUUUGGAUUGGUUCUGCUCUAUUCAGUAGAAGGACAUUGAUAUGUUUAUUAAUGAGUUGUCAUUGUCAUACUUUGAUCAUGAGUUGUCCUUCCUGUGUGCUUUUCUCUAACUUUCAGAGGCAUUCAGGAUUUACACAUUGUAAAAGUCUAGUCUUAAUGCACAGUUAUGCAUAUGUUACUGAAAAUGCAUCUAUAUUUCCCUUAUGAUAAAUCAGGCUAGACUGGUGUGCGGUGGUGUGGCGUAGUCCCAAAGAGUCAACCCAGACCAUUUCAGUCAGCUUCUAGCUUCUGGCUCAGUAAGCAUCAAUAUUGAUUUAUUUUUUCCUCCUCCUCCUUAUUCCACAGAAACCUUUUAAUCUGAAACGACAUUACAUUUACAGCAGCUCCUCUGGGUUGUUGUAAAGCGUCAGUCAUAAGAACAGGGUGCAUCUCAGUAGUGCUGUUUAGUGGGAAAUUGACACCAGCUAAAUGGCUGUAAGUGUGGAGCAGCCAUUGUUUUGUUUAUAUUUGUAUCUGUUUGACUGCUGACAGUGUGGCAUUACCAGUGACCAGUGGCUGUAAGAGUUAAUUCCUUGCCCUGGCCCUUUUAUACACACUAACAUUACACUUUGGUAGUGUUGCCCCACAUACUGCCCCAGUUUAAUCAUUUGUUUGUGCUUUUAACUGAUCUCAGAACAAAGGAUUAUAUCCUGCAGUACUGCGAUGCACCCGGGGGGCCUUAUGAGUCAUUUGAUCAUCCAUGUGUUUACUGUUUGUCAUGAAGGCUUUACUCCAAGUAUUAGGAUUUAUUGGGGCACUGAUUUGAUGCAAUGUAAAGAGCUGAGGCGCAGUUAUUCAAGACUGCUUGCCUGUAAGAAAUAACAAUGAUCUUAUUUUACAGUAAUGGGAGUCUGUACAAAGUAUGCAACACUGCUCCUCCACCUGUCUGUUCAUGUCAGAGUUAUCAGAGCUCCUCAUUUCUCCAAAGAGUUUUUAAGUGUUUGAUUACACUUUAACCGCAAUGUAAUACUUAAUUUAUCAUUGUUUUCUUUGUUGUUUCUACACAAAAAAUGUUAAUGUUACUUAUGUUGUUUAACAUUUUUGUAAUCUUUUAAUCCUAUAUGUAUUUUUUGGGGGGGUGGGUAUGUUGAUAUGUAUCAUUUGUAAUUUAUGUUGCAAUUCUUCAGUAUUCACAUUUUUAAAUACUACAGUGUUGUGUGGAAAAAAAAAAAAGAAAUACCAAAAUACUGGUACCUGCAAUUAGCCAAGAAUUGUUUGCAAAGCAAAUAAAACAUGAAGAUAAAUUGCGGGUGAA